AAAUCGGAGACACUAGGGGUGGUAACUUUACCCGGAUUCGAGUCUUCGACGUCGACGUGCACCGAGAGCUAUGCGCUUUGGUCGCAAAUGAUAUUUGCGAGACUGGCCUCAAGGGCUUCCCUGUUGGGUAAGUGCUUCGAACAGAGUGAUACUCGGAGCCGACAUUCGACAGCAUGCAUGAGAAUGAGAGAGCUAGGCCGCGGCCAGUCAGUCGUCUUUUGUGUCCCUCCCGAGAUUCAAUAUAAUAUUCGUGCCAUGGGCACAAAGUCCAAUAGUUCGCAUAUCACCGUGUCGGAUAUUCUCACCUGGGCUGUUUCAGAGACCUGGAUUGACACCACGAAGAGAUACCGCUAUGGUUUACACAAGGUCAACGAUGCGCGAAGCAGACAACUUUGUGGAAUGAAAGUCGUACCAACGACGGGAUCUGUAUGUCCGUUGAACAAGCGACAGACUUCCUAGAAGAGGAAGCACAGUCCUUGGGGCAAAGAUAUAAACCCUUCGAGGGCCAUAAAAUUCUUCCAAAAUCCAUGGAAAUUUGUAACGGCUUGGACCCCGAUAUUCCAACCUGCAUCAUAGAGCGUUAUCGAGGGAUCGGCGAUGUGCUCUCCAGCAGUAUAAGGAUGGAUGAGGAACAGGAACGGGAACCAUCACCGGAGAUUCAACCACAGAGACAAGUGCAGAGGCCUCUAAAAGCUCAGCCGGUGGAGCACUCUAUUCAUCCUGGU